GCCGCCCGCGGACUCCCCAGCAGCUAGGGGCUCCGGUGCUGCCUCUACGCGCGGGAAGCAGCAGCGCCAAGUUCACCCUCCGUAGCCCAGGCGCCCGGCAUGGAACGUGUCUGAUGGCGCUUCCCCUUUACUCUUGAGCAUCUCAACGAGCGAUUAACUCAGUGCUCAGCUGAAAGAAUGGCUGUGUGAUACAAAGGAAAGCUUGAGAGGCACAUCUCAUGACAAAGUUAGGAAGAUAGAUUUAAGCUAUCAAUUAUGACCAGAAUGGCCACGGCAGCUCCCAGCGGUUGCCGCUCGAACCUGGACCCCCGGUACUACAGACUAUGUGAUCAGAAAGCAGUUUGGGGCAUCAUCUUAGAAGCAUUGGCCGCCUUGGGGGCUGUGAGCUCGGUGACCUUCAUGGUCGCCCUCCUGGUCCUCAUCUGCAAGGUGCAGGACUCCAACAGGCGCAAAGUGCUCCCCAUCCAGUUCCUCUUCCUCCUGGGCGUGCUGGGGGUCUUCGGCCUCACCUUCGCCUUCAUCAUCCAACUUGACGGCAGCACGGGGCCCACACGCUUCUUCCUCUUUGGCAUCCUCUUCGCCCUCUGCUUCUCCUGCCUCCUGGUUCACGCCUUCAACCUGACCAGGCUGGUCCAUGGGAGGCGGGGGCUUUCCUUGCUGGUGAUGCUGGGCCUGGCCGUGGCCUUCAGCCUGGUGCAGGAUGUCAUCGCCGUCGAGUACAUCGUCCUCACCAUGAACAGGACCAACGUCAACAUCUUCUCUGAGCUGCCUCCGCCUCGGCGCAACGAGGACUUUGUCAUGCUGCUCAUCUAUGUCCUCUUCCUGAUGGUGCUGACCUUCCUUACGGCCUCUUUCGUUUUCCGCGGACCCUUCACUGGCUGGAAGAGACACGGGGCCCACAUCUACUUCACCACGCUCCUCUCCCUCGCCGUCUGGGUGGUGUGGAUUGCCCUGCUCUUUGUUCCUACCCCUGGGCCCCAGUGGGAUGACACCAUCCUCAGCACAGCCUUGGUGGCCAAUGGCUGGGUUUUCCUGUUGGCUUACGUGGUACCCGAGUUUCAAUUGCUCACCAAGCAACGGAACACCAUGGAUUACCCUCUGGAAGAUGCUUUCUGUAAACCUCAACUCAUGAAGCAGAGCUAUGGUGUGGAGAACCGAGCUUACACUCAAGAGGGAAUCACUCAAGGUACCGAGGAGACAGGCGAUACGGUCUAUGCGCCAUACACCACCCACUUCCAGCUGCAGAAUCGGAACUCCCCCAAGGACUUCUCCAUUCCUCGGGCCCAGACUCGGGUCAGCCCCUACAGUGACUACGGAGGAAGAAAAGAUGUCAGUUAACCGGUCCCAGAAGGUGGGAUGAACCCAGCAAGUCAGCAGAGCCAGCGGGGAGGUCACGGGAUGCAGGCCUGGUCCUGAGCCUUCCAGGGAAGCUGUACAGAGCAUCACAGGAAGACCUUCCCUCCCCGCAGCCGCGGUCGCGGUUCUUCUGUCCCGAGGUUGGAGAAGGCUGGCAGGACUGCAGUUCUUGGCCGCUCUCUGGUUGUUCCCUUUGUCCCCAGCCUUAGGCUGCUUCUCUGGAGCGGGGGACUAGGGCUCAGGUCAUCUGACUAUACGCUGGCUCGUUCAGCCUCAGAUGCCACCUCUUCCACCUCUGAGCUAGUUCUGUGACAAUGGCUUAGCUCUGAGCAGAGCUGCAAAUCUGAGCAAAACCCGCAAAGGCCCGUCUCUCAGGCCACCCCGCCCACACCCACGUCUCCCUGGUGCCUCCCUUUGUGCCUGGAUGGGAGGGGCUGAAAGUCACCCUAAGCUCGCUCCCCACUGUGGUGCUGCCUGACCAGGGUCCCAGCGCCGAUUCACACCCAGACUCGCCAUCAGUCCCCAGACUAACCUCUCCCUGCGCCUCACCAGGGGUUCUCCCUGGCCCCCACCAGCAGACCAGCCUGAUUUCUCUUUGCCAGGAGAACGUGUGCACUGUUUUGCUCUAAGUCCCUGUGCCAAUCCUCCUCCCAUCCCCUUGCUCCUCAGCCUCUGUAAAUAGUCAUCCCUACGGGUCUGGACGUGGGUAUUGUCCACACACGGGGGGAGUAUUCCUUGUAAAAUAAGUUAUUCACUGCUCUUCACUGGAGAUGCAAUAAAGGUGCGGUGGCAACUCUUUGA